AUGCGCCCCUCCGCUCCCCUUCCUCUGCUGUUGUCCGUCUCCACAGCAGCCAACGCGAUCCCCCUCCUCGAUCGUCUGCUGCACCUCCGUGACGCGAAGCCAACAAAGACUUAUUCGGUUGUCAACGUCGAGGGAAGUCCCAGCACCGACAGUCCUGUGGUUGUCACCGUCACCAAGUCACCAGUCCAGAUUACCGUCACGGAGAGGGUCACAGAAACCGCCAGCGAGACCUUGUCUGCCAUCCAGACAACAUCCACAUCGCUCCUCAUCGUCAACGUCGACGCCACUUCUGAUGGAGGGCCAUCUACCGUCACCGUCUACCCAACUGUGACACCGACGGCUAAAUCGACACCUCUUCUGCCCACAUCAGCUUCAACGGCUGCAACAACGGCAGCUGCAGAGACAUCGGUUGCUCCAAGCGCAUUGCCAUCAGCACCCGCGAGUUCAUCGACACUUGUGGUCGAGCCACCGCCGUCUACGGAGACUCAGGCAGCGCCGAGCACAUCGUUGGCGCCCAUUUUCUCCUCCACUGCCAUCAUUCAGCCUCCUCCUCCGUCAACGGAAACUCCAACUAUUCCCAGUGUCUCGCCAUCGCCGUCCGUCAGUCCCUCCACGGGCGGAGUUGAGCCACUUCCCACAACAUGGACCUCGGUAGUUUCGUCGGUGUCCGCGUCUACGGCCGCCAACCCUUCCACAUCAGCGAUUGAGCCUCCCAAGUCGACGGAGACGUGGGUGGCCCCAAGUGACCCGGCAUCAAUUCCGGUCGAAUCAUCCACAACUAUCGUCGAGCCUCCUCCGCCGACGGCUACCCCCAUCCAAUCUACUUACGCUGUACCGCCCGUGGAACCGUCAUCAGUCCCACCUUCAAACACUACUUCGUUAUCCACAUCGAUAACGACAAGCUCAAGCUCUACUGCACUCCCUAGCACCACCUCUUCUGACACUCUUCCGACUCCUACCCAAGCCUACGAGACCACUUCCCAAACCACAUGGGAGCAAGUGCCCAGCUCCAUCACACAACCGUCAACGUUUAUCACCAGCGUCGUCAGUAUCACCACAUCAUCUAUCCCAACCUCUACCCAGAGCUACGACGAUGGAGACUGGUACACCAGUAAAUACCCCGAGUGGAACGGCACCGCCAGUGCGACACCUCGCUACCGCCGGUGA